GCCCCGCGCGUGCGUGGGACGCGAGAGGCGGGGCGGGGCCCUCGGGCGGGGAGCUGGAGUCUGCGCGGUUGCCAGGGCGACGAGAAUACAACAUGGCAGGCUGAGGGCUCGGCCGGGCGGCGCUCAGGAGAGACCCGGCCGCUUUCUCGCCCGCCCCAGAGACCUGCAGGCGAGCGGAGGAUGAACAAAUAUAGACCAGUUGGUAAGAUAGGAGAGGGAACAUUUUCUGAUGUUCUGAAGAUGCUGAGUCUUAGGGAUGGAAAAUACUAUGCAUGUAAACACAUGAAACAACAUUUUAAAAGUAUUGAACAAGUGAAUAAUCUGAGAGAAAUACAAGCACUAAGGCGGCUGAAUCCACAUCCUAAUAUCCUUAUGUUACAUGAAGUUGUUUUCGAUAAAAAAGCUGGCUGCGUUUCACUGAUAUGUGAACUUAUGGACAUGAAUAUUUAUGAGCUGAUAAGAGGAAGGAGAAAGCCAUUACCUGAAAAAAAAAUAAUAAACUACAUGUACCAGUUAUGCAAAUCUCUUGAUCACAUACACAGAAAUGGAAUAUUUCACAGAGAUGUGAAACCAGAAAACAUAUUAAUAAAGCAGAGUACCCUCAAGUUAGGAGACUUUGGAUCUUGUAGGAGCAUAUAUUCUAAGCAGCCAUAUACAGAAUAUAUAUCCACACGCUGGUACCGAGCACCUGAGUGCUUACUUACAGAUGGCUACUAUAGUUACAAAAUGGAUAUGUGGAGUGCUGGCUGUGUUUUCUAUGAAAUCACAAGUUUACAGCCUCUCUUUCCUGGAUCUAAUGAACUGGACCAAAUAUCAAAAAUCCAUGACAUUAUAGGUACUCCUGCUAAUAAAACUCUCAAUAAGUUCAAGCAGUCAAGAAUUAUAAGUUUUGAUUUCCCCUUUAAAAAAGGAACAGGAAUACCUCCUCUUGUGCACAAUUUGUCUCCCAGAGGCUUCUCUCUCCUGUAUGCAAUGAUAAAAUAUGAUCCUGAUGAGAGAAUUGCUGCCCAUCAAGCAUUACAGCAUCCUUAUUUUCAAGAACUCUGGGCAGCCGAUAAGCAAGCUUUGGCCAUGCACAAAAAAGUAAGAUUUCUAGGAAAUACUGCAGGGCAGGAACCUCUGCAUUUGUGGCAAAUUCCAAAAGAAAGGCAAAGACAGGUAAUAUUUAAAUGGAAGAAUGGUCAACCCAUACCUCCCAGUGCAGAUUUGCCAAAAUUAAAUCUUUCUGGAGUAGCCAAAUUGACUUCCUAUCCUACUCCCACAUUGCAUUCAGUUUUUACUGCACCUAUGAAAAGAGGAACCCCUAUGUCACGAUCUGUUAAAUUUACUGAAUCAAAUAACAACUCUGAAAAACAGAAGGAACUUAAAUCUUCUCUGAAACAUUCCCACUUACCUGCUAUAGAACGAAGAGGAGGUUACUGACCGCCUUGUCCAGUAUUUGGAGUGUGAGGAAAAGCAUGAGUAUGCAGUGAAACAGACCCCAACCACGCUUUCACUGUUAGAGGUCUAACAAGAACAGUGCUUUAUUUUGCGUUACUCUAAUAAUUCACAAGAAAAAAUCCACAAGGUGAUGAAGGUCUGCUUACCUAGAAUUUUGGUAUUCUAUUCCUGAAGACUAGCAGUAUUUAAUUAAAGCAUUGUUUUGGCAGAGCUCACAAUGCACUUUAUAUUGAGCUAAUUUUUCCUAUUAGAACCUGAUGGAGGAAGGGUUUGAUUAAAAAUAACAUGAAAGGAUUCUUUGAGCUUGAGUAUUAGAAAUGGAAUGUUGUAUACAAAAUGUAAGUUUUCAUAUUAUAAAUGACUAGCUUGACCUGUCAUUUUGUAGAUUUCUGUAGAUGUAAAAAAGUCUUGUUUUUCAGUCAGCUCUGGAAAGUAUUUACCUCCUGGAUUUAAUAGCUUCAGCCUCAAGUUUUAUUGAGA